UUCGUGGAAUCAGCGGCGGCCAGUUUCGUUGAAAGAUUUGCUGCGCGAUAUCGUUCAGGGUGGAGACUAAAUCCAAUGACGUAAUGAAACAGAGAGUAUAUAAUACGCAUACGGGGCGUAACAACGUGGAGGAGGAACAGAAUCGGUGAUGCUGGUACCAAUAGCGAUGGAUACAGCUUUGGUACUCUUGGUGGUACGGAAGAAGAACGUAGAAGAGGGGUGAGUGGUUGCAGUAUAAAUGUGGCCCGCGCAAGCUCCACCAAUCACUCGCCCUCUGACCUCCAAACUCUAAGCUCUCGUGGUACCAAACAUCCCCUCUUUAUUCAAUCAUCGUUCAAGAGACGAGACCAACGCUUUGGCAUCGAAACUCGUGCCUCGUGACCACCGCGUGGUGACACUCGAAUCGUCUUCAUAACCGAGGACUUUCGCCGGUGAAAUUAUCGUUCGCUUGCUUCCACAAUUUGAGAAAAAAAAAAAAUAGUCGAAAAAUAGUUCUCCCUUCGUACGUGAAACAACGAUUUAAUUAUUUCUUCAAUUCGCGAUAUCUUCGUAGACAUGGCAACGGCUGUUAUUUUCAUUCAACGAUGUAUGAUCAUUGUCGCUAUCCUACUUUGUUAUUUUCAUGUUCAGAGUGAAAGCGUGAAUUGCGAAUUGUAUCCAUUCCAUCAUACUUGUAGAGGUACAAUGUCGAGGAAACGUGCGAUGUUCCCAAUUGUGUACGGAUCAGGAUGUGAGGAAAAUAAAGGAAAUAUAAAUUGUAUCAAAGAAUUUGAAGAAAAACAUCAUAUUGCCUAUAUUCCGUUAUCGAAGUCAAAACUCUUAAUUGCUUUGCUUGAUGAUGAUUUACGAAAGGAUAUUACACGAUCAAUCCGCCAUAAAUUAAGGAACGAUGAAAUGAUUAAACAAAAUUCAGCUUUAAUGGAAAACUUUUUAUCGCAAUUGGACUCUUCGGACAAUUAUUGAAUGAAAUGGUCAGGAAAUACAAAUUUUCUCGGCUCUUGCAAGCAUUUUUCAUCAUUCAAACUUUCAAAAAUGUAUAAAAGCAUAUAUGUUUAAAUCUUCGUUGUCUUCCUUUCUCUCUCUCUCUCUCUCUCUCUCUCCCCCCCCCUCCCCCAUAUACAAAAUAAAAUACUUUCAUCAAUUCCACUUUUUUCAUUUUUUUAAAAAUCUUACUUUUUUGUCUUUCUAUCUUUUCCUUUAAUCCUUUAAUAAUUAUUAUUACUUUUUUAAUGUCUUUAAACAAGAUUAAAAUAUUGUAUUCACGUUAUUAACAAUAUACACGUGUUGUAGCAUAAAAAGAUACAUUUGAAAUUCGAAGUAAUUCCUUGAAUUGUCCUAUUAAAAAA